AUGACGAAAAAGAUCGUCUUGGUCACCGGUGGAAGCGGCCUGGUCGGGAGCGCGAUCCGAGAGGUGAUCGAGGGCGAAAAACCGAGCGAUGAGGAGUGGAUCUUCGCCUCGAGCAAGGACGCAAACUUGUGCGACCCGGAGUCGACGGCGGCCAUGUUCGAUAAGUACAAGCCGACGCACGUCAUCCACCUCGCGGCGCAGGUCGGAGGUCUUUUCGCUAAUAUGAAAUACAAGGUUGAGUUCUGGAGGAAUAACAUAGCGAUGAACGACAACAUCUUUCAAGAGUGCCAUAAGCGAGGGGUCCAAAAGCUCGUCUCAUGCCUCUCGACGUGCAUCUUCCCAGACAAGACGACGUUCCCCAUCGACGAGACGAUGAUUCACAACGGGCCACCCCACUUCUCCAACGAGGGAUACGCCUACGCUAAACGGAUGGUGGACGUGCAAAACAGAAUGUACAAGGCGCAACAUGGUUGCAACUUCACCGCUGUGAUUCCAACCAACAUUUUUGGCAAGCACGACAACUUCCACCUGGACGACAGCCACGUCAUCCCAGGUCUCAUUCAUAGAGGUUACCUGUGCAAGCAAAAGGGUGAACCGUUCACGAUCUGGGGAUCCGGUAAACCGUUGAGACAGUUCAUCUACUCCACCGAUCUCGCAAGACUGAUGAUUUGGACCAUGCGAGAGUACGAAGAAGCGGAUCCGAUCAUCCUUUCUGUCGGUGAGGAGGACGAAAUCAGCAUCGCGGACGUGGCGCACUCGGUUGCGAAGGCGCUGGAUUUCCAGGGCGAGGUCAACUUUGACACGACAAAGGCUGACGGGCAAUUCAAGAAGACUGCGAACAACGCGAAGCUGCGCAAGUACCUCCCGGACUUCAAGUUCACGCCAUUUGAUGAGGCUAUGGCGACCACGGUGGAAUGGUUCAUGGCGAACUACGACGUGCCCGGAGCAGUUAGGAAAUAA